GGAGCAGGCCUCGGCACGGGACGGAGCCCGGCUCACACGGGACCCGCACUUCAGCGGCGGAGGCGGCGGGAAAGCUUCGCCACCCAGAGAGAAACGGAAGAGAGAGUCAGCGGAGGGAGGGGGAAGGAGGGCAGGCGCCGGCAGCUGCGCAGGCGCACUGGGCUACUGGGCUGCCUGCCCCGCCCCCGUCCCCGCAGCUCUUCCAGUUCUCUGCUGGAUUUAGCAUGCGAGGGCCUAGAAGAAUCUAAAGAGUCUAAGCACGGCGGUCCGAGCGCAGAGCUCCUCUCCCCUCUCCCCGCGCGACAACUUAGUGGGUCCGAGGCAGUAGUUAAAGGAGGGAAACGGGAACUACAAUUCCCAGGGUGCCGUGCGGCCGCGGCGCGUGACCGCGCGCGCUCCUGGGCGCGGAAAGGGGGAGAGAGAGGGGCAGCCGGAGGAAAAUGCGCGAGCGCGCAAGCCCGAGAGUCUCUCCUCAGGCGACCGAGUUGUGGUCCUGGCUGCGGGAAGCAGAGCUGCGGCGGCCACGGCAGACGGGCUUCGUCCGCCGGCGCGGUACAAUGGCCCUCCCCAAGAAGAAACUUCAAGGUCUGGUUGCUGCAACUCUCACACCUAUGACUGAGACUGGGGAAAUCAACUUCUCUGUAAUUGGCCAAUAUGUGGACUAUCUUGUAAAUGAGCAGGGUGUGAAAAAUAUUUUUGUUAAUGGUUCAACGGGAGAAGGUUUGUCACUGAGUGUUGCAGAGCGGCGACAACUUGCAGAAGAGUGGGUGACAAAUGGAAAGAAUAAGUUGGACCAUGUGAUCAUUCAUGUAGGAGCAUUAAGCCUGAAAGACUCACAAGAGCUGGCUCAGCAUGCAGCAGAAAUAGGAGCUGAUGGUAUUGCUGUCAUGGCCCCUUUCUUUUUCAAACCUGCCAACAAAGAUGCCCUGAUUGCAUUUUUAAAAGAAGUAGCUGCUGCUGCCCCUAAGGUGCCGUUUUAUUACUAUCAUAUUCCUCCUUUGACUGGGGUAAAAAUUCGUGCUGAAGAGCUGCUGGAUGGAAUUCAGGAUGAAAUUCCGACCUUUCAAGGGCUGAAGUUCAGUGACACUGAUCUCUUAGACUUUGGACAGUGUGUGGAUCAGAACAGCCAACGGCAGUUUGCUCUUCUCUAUGGAGUAGAUGAACAACUACUGAGUGCCCUGGCCAUGGGAGCAACUGGAGCAGUUGGCAGCACCUACAACUACCUGGGCAAAAAAAACAACCAGAUGUUGGAAGCUUUUGAGCGCCAGGACUUUUCCUUAGCUUUGAAUUACCAGUUUUGCAUCCAGAGAUUUAUGAAUUAUGUGAUCAAAAUGGGUCUGGGAGUUGGGCAGACAAAAGCUAUCAUGACUCUUGUCUCCGGGAUACCGAUGGGUCCUCCUCGGCUGCCCCUGCAGGAAGCCUCCAGGGAGUUUGCUCUGAAGGCUGAGGCCAAGCUGAAGAGCCUGGAAAGUCAGUGCUUUCCCUGAAGCAGGCUUACUCUGGGGGGCCAGGCUGGCCCAGCACUGGCUUUGAUGAGCUGGGAGUCCCCCCAGCCCCCCAUUUUCAUUUCUCAGAGAAUUUCAUAAUCAGACUGAACUAAACACUCUCUGGAGAGUCCUUUUCCUGAGGCAAUUGGGGUUCAGUGACUUGCCCAGAGUCACACAGCUAGGAAGUGUUAAGGGUCUAAGGUCAGAUUUGAACUCAUCCUCCUGACUUCAGGGCUGGUGCUCUAUCCACUGAGCCACCUAACUGCCCCUUCCCUCUACUCUUAAUGGGAUGAAAUGUGCUGAGAAAGCUUCCCUUGAUUCCCCUCACCUGCCUGAGUAUCCUGCUAGGUUCUGUGCUUUAUUCUUCCUCUCCAUCAGGGUUUCUCAGCCCCUGGUGUUUUACAGUGUUUUACAAUGGAUUCUUUUUUAUAUUUUCUGGAAUUCAAGGACAGGCUGCCACUUUUCUAAAACAGUGUAAGUGGGAGGCAGCAUUGCACAGGAUGGAGAGUGCUAGAAUCAACAGAAUUCAAGCCAAUCAAAAUCAGAAAAGAUUCAUUAAAUUGGUCCUGGCCAGAACCUGCGAUAUGAAGAUUAGAAAAUGAAUCCCUGCCUGUCUGAAGAGCACUCCUCAUCCUGGCUCUCCUGGAAUUGCCUCCUACAUCUCUAGGGAAUUUGCUUACAUCUCAAUUUCCCCUUUUUUUCAUCCGUAAAUGGAGAAUACAAGACUAGUUCUAGAUACCAGCUUUUUAAAGUGUUAUAUAAUGUGAGAGCUUAUUAUGCAGACUCCUACCAAUUAGCUUUAUUUCUCUGUUGUUAGAAGAUAUUGAGAAGACUCAGGGGAGAUGUCAGUCAGAUAGACUGAAAGUAGUUUUCAGUCUAUAUCAGCCUUGUUUUCUAGUUCCCUUCCUUAGUUCCUUACCUCUUGGAAAAUGUCUUCUGCCAAACUAUAUUAUGUUUUCUAAUAUUGAGAAUCAUUAGAGUCCAUUUAAAUCAGCGCCCUCAUAUUUCCUGAUGAGGUAACUGAAAUUGUGAUUUCUUUAUCAUAAAACUAGUCAAUCAAUAAACAUUAAGAACCUACUGUGUGCAAAACACCAUCCCCUUCACAAUCCUGGGGAAAGGUUUAUAUGGGGGAAAAUGCUAGAGCUGUUGACUGAAAUGGGAAUUUAUAUGGAUUGAAUAUCUAAUUAUUGCUGCUACCCAGAUUUUUUUUUUUUGCUUUCAGUUUUAAUUUGGGGAAUGGAAGAAGAGAGUAAGAGGGAGUGCUUUUAUUUUACACACUGUAAACACAUUGCUCUAAUGAUGCUAAGCUUUUAGUCUUCUUUGUGCUAGAUCUGGUUUUCCUAGUAACCAUCUGGGGAGAUCAGUGACCCUCUGUCCUGGUUUUUUCGUCUAUAAAAUCAUGCAUAUCUUGAGAUUGUUAUGAGGAUCAAUAAAGAUGAAUUUGCAAACAUUAAAGGAAUAUGUAAAUGCUCCUUGAUAAUUAUAUCCAUUGCUUCCCAUCAUGAGAAGUAGCCUCUGCUGAAGGCGAUCUCCUACUAGGUUUCUGUUUCUAGUUUGUUGGAAAUCUUCAGUGUUUCCUUCAUUUUCUCAGCACACCUUCUGGAAAAAAGUUAAACAUUGUGAAAAGUGAGGAAAAGGCUUGAAAUAAAUUACUAUAAACUU